AUGGCGCACAAGCAUGGAUGAUUGUAUUUUGUGUUUGGAAAAAUUACCGAAAAAGAACAGAAGAAAUAUUUACAGUGACACGUUUUUUGUGAAGAAACAGUUAAAUGAGGUAUUAGGUUUUGUACCCGAACAGGGAAAGCAUUCAUCGCCCCAAUACACUUGCUACAGGUGUUUUAACAAACUGAAUAAGCUAUGCAAGAUUGAAUAUGAAUUAGAAAACAAAUUAUCAGCACUUAAAAGAGAAAAAUGUGACAUUAUCAAUGAACUUAGACCAAGUCGGAAUGUUUUAUUGUCUCCAGCAAAGAAAGUCCCCUCGGUCAAUUUUGGCGGUGCCUCUAGUUCCAUCCAAACUCCAAGGAAGUUAACAAAACGUGUCAUCUUAAGGACUCCCACACCACGCAAAAAUAAGAAAGUCUUUCGAGAUCCACAGCAAAAUAUUAAAAAAACAGUCAGGAAAAGACUAGCAGACGAUCAGCUGACACCAAGCAAAGUAAAGGUGCAUUUUAGAGGAAAAAAUGAUUCAAAAGUAAGGACAUGCUUUAUUAAAGACAGUCCUUGGGUGGCAGUAUUAAAAUCCCUGUUUAAGAGUGUAUGUGAAGAGCUGAAAGAGAAAGCACCAAUGCUGUAUGAUGUACUUCAAACAGUUACCAAGAAGAAAAAUGAUUGCCGAUUAUCUGUUGCUGCAUCAGUUUUGCUUUGGAACAGAAAUAAGCACAUGUCACAACUACAUCACAUCAUUGGGCAGAUUCUAGAUCAUGGAGGUGCAACAGAUGAGACUAUUCAAACUCUUUCGGAAAUGGGAUUGUCCAUUGGGCCACAGUCAGUCUCAAUUAAGAGAGGAAAACUUGUCCAAAUAAAUAAAGAGAAGCUAAAUGAUAUUUUCCAGAAACAGAUUGAUCAGACUGUUUUGAAGCAUUGCAUAUCAUUAAGCAAGAGUGCAGAAAAAUCCAUUUUGGAGUAUGAACCAGAGCCGGCGGAAAAAACAGAAUCAGGUACAUCUGAUAUUCAGUAUUUUGAUUUGGUCAAUUCCUUUAAGACAUCCCAAACAAAUCAGUCCUUUACGAGCCCAUCUGAGCAUUCUUGCUUGACAAUAUCAAGCAAUGAUUAUGAGAUGAGAAAGAAAAUGUUUAUCGAUGUCUACGGCCAAAACACUUUACCCGAGUCAGCGCAGGUACAUGUAUUACGUAAUCCAACCACAGAGGUGAAAUCACUGACUUUGAACACCAAACUUGGCAGUAUAGAGUUUCCAAGUUUACCCUCAAGACCACUGAAGCAUUUUCAGUUAGAAGAACCGGUCAAUGUAAUUGCCAAGCAUGAUAGAAGUAGCAUGAUUUUGAAAGACUUUAUAACAAGAAAUGCUGAUCAGAUGUCACCCACUAUACCAAGGUUUGAAAUCAUUGGAGACAACUUAGACCACACUAUAUCACCAACAAACAUGACUAAAGAUAAACAGAGGAAAAGCCUCCAUUGGUUUCUUAAUGUGGCAGUUCAAAGAAGAGUGUUGGCAGAUGAUUUACCUAGUGAUAAGCCUAAAGCAGAUAUUUUGAAGGUACCUAAUAGUGAGUUUUUACCUAGCAGGGAAGACUGUGAAAGUUUCCACAUCAAUAUGAUCUAUCAUAUUGCAUUAGUUGUUACUAAGAACAUUGACUGUCUGCAGCCAUUUGCACAAUGUGUCCCCAAAUAUAUUGAUCAUCCGUAUUUGAAAGAGCUGUCUGAAAAAUCAGUGUAUAACAUUGUAGACCUACUCGAUAAAAGUGAAAAUAAGUCUGAUGACAUGAUUUCAAUUCUCGAACAUGUGCAUAAACAUUAUGUCCCACAUUCUGGUGAAGAUAUUGUAGAGAAAAUUGUAUUUGGUGGGGAUGUCCUCACCAAUGAACGGGCAUACUCUAGCCAGCUGGCUAUGAUAAACAAUGAAAGUGAUUUUAGUCGCCUUACAGGAAUUGUUCAUAGGCCAGAGGGUCUCCAUCGGAUCAUGAAUUUACUCUUGACCAUUUAUCAGCAAUUCUACAAGCCUUCAUCCGCUGCAGAUCAAGGGACUUUGUUUCAAUUGCGCAAUGUCCUGCAGAGACGAGACGUUAGUGGACCAGAUGGUGUCACUGAGAAUUUUAGGUCUCACAUGACAUUCAUCAGGGACUGUUUAGAUGCCUUUCUUCUCACAGCCUGUAUGGAGGUGUUGGACAUCAAGAGCCUUGAUGAAAAACCUAAAAGGACCAUUCUUCCAGAAUUAUUACAUCUUCAAAGUAAAGAAGACCAGUAUGAUUGGAUAAAAGAGCUUUGUUUCCAGAUCUUGAACACUUUUGUCUACAUUGAAGAAGAUAGUUUGCAAACUGUCACAGCACAAGCUGCAGAAAUGGACAACAAGGAGCUUUUGAUGAGUGAAAUGUAUCAAGAUGAAUCAAAGCAGGACACAGAGGAUGCUUUCAAAUUUGGUGAUGGAAUACGUAUAUUUAGAAAUGCAAAGUUUGAAAUGAUGUGUGCUGAUAUUGCUAACCAUUCCAAAUAUAAACUGUGGCUUUGGCGACUCUUAGCCUACGAGUGUUCUCUCCUAUCACCACGUGAGGCAUUUGAGUACAAGUGGAAUUGUUCCUCAAAUAUUCAUGGAGGGACUGGGAAAAAUAUCCCUAAUGACAAUCUCGUUGAAAUAUGCGUACAUGUUAUAAAGAAGAAAAUGAGACAGCAGGGUGCAAAUCUAACUUUUGAAAGUGCUAAGAAGAUUGCCUCGUGUGUGCAAAUGCAGGAAGAAAUAAAGUCCAGUGUUCAGAAACAGCUUGGCAUGAAAACCUCAGGUCAAUCCAAACCUACUGUGGAUAAGAAAAAAGAUCUUCAACUGAUCAUUAUGGAACUUAAAGCUAAUGACAUUUUCAGUUACAUUCCUGGGAGGGAAUUCAGUGCUUUUAAAAGUUUUCAGGACAUUUUUUCGCGUGUUAAUGUGGUUCAACUUCACAAAUGGAUAACAAAACAAAAAGAAAGAGCAAGUUAUGAACAGUAA